GUCGUGUAGUGGCUUUGCGUAACCACUCCUACUAAGGAGCGACUCACGCUCCCUCGUACUACUUUUGGCAAGUCCACUUUAUAUCUAGAAUGCGCUCAAGAUCCUGCGGAAGGGCGUGCGGUAGAACGUAUACUAUCAUGUUAUGCAACUUGAUCGCAUUCUACUCACGUCAAUUCAACUCUUGACGUGAGUACUGCCACGCGAACAGCAUUCACAAUCAUUCAAGAUCCUUACCAGCAUUCUCGUUCUCUCGACGAUGCUCUGCUGUUCUUGUGUGUCAUGUCGAGUUCUAUCUCCCCUCUGAGUUCUCCAGGUUUCAAAGAUAUCGAUACCGUGUUGGCGCUCAUAGAGAAAGUGGAACGUGCAUUGCCCGAAUCCGAGUCCUCUCUCAAACAUCUCUUUGCGCUUUGUCGCUCCAGCUUCUUCUUAUCGCGAGAUAAGUUGCUCAAUCAUUCGUACAUUUCGACUGUCCCCCCUUUACGGAGGGGUGAAAUAGGCAGAGCACUUACAAUCUCGGUCCAUAUCACACAAGCAUCUCUGUUCGCGAUUGAAAAUACGAUCAAGGCCAUCCAUAGUUGGUCUUAUACAACACGGUCGAUGGUCGAACAGAUGGGAGAACAACUCAAGGAUCAACUCCAACUUGUACGACUUGACUCAUUGAAACCUUACCGAGUCGAUAGGACGCCACAUAAUUGUUACGAGUAUACGGGAGAUGGCCCGCCUUUCAUAAUCGGAAUUGUGGGCGAGGCGCGGAGUCUAGUUCUCCGUUAUUCAACCAAAGAUGCACUUUAUAGAACUCUAUGUGAUCUCUACAAAAACACUCCCGGAGAAUCCUUCAUUCACCGUGGCGAUUACCACGUUGCGGUUAACCACGAUUCAACAUUCCUGAGUAGACCCUGGGAUCUACGAUGGAUGGGAAAUACUUUUUUGAGAUUGAGGGCGAUCAUUAGGUCCCACAGCCUGGAUUGCCUUACACGCUGCCCAAGAUGCAAGACACCGAAUCCGAAUGAACCGAUUGAUUCAUACUUCCAAGAGUUUGAAUGCAACGAGUGCCGGGCUAUGUACUGUGUCCACGUCGACCCUGAUGGACCCGAAGUCAGCCUUGACGUUUGGUAUUUGUAUCAGGGUCUACGACUUCCCUGCGACGACUCUCAAAUUGAUUUGGGACCAGUUGAAGAUGAACUGGAACACAUUCACCGCUUUAUGGUACUCUUUCAACCGAAGGAAGAGUCUGCUCAAGUUGCUAUCAAUAGGCUACAUAAGGAAAUCCGGCAUACGGAUAAUCUCACAGCCAAAUUGAACUACCUAUCGAUCCUGAGGAAACUCUGUACGAUCUACAAUACUAUCCCUACAGAGCUAUAUGUCCGCGACAUCUCUUGUGCCACCACACUCGGUCCAUUAUGUGCUGGUAGUUUCGCAGACAUCUACAAGGGUAACACUCAACAUGGACAGGAGGUUGCGCUGAAGAUUCUCCGCUCAUUCAGAAAUCUCAGUGCAGAAAAAGUAGCGCAGCAGAAAAAGCGGUUUUAUAGGGAAGCUUUGAUCUGGGCGCAUGCAAGUCAGCAUCCCUAUGUCUUGCCAUUCCUAGGGGUGGACGAGACUACCUUUAAAUACGGCUUGUGUAUGGUGCUUCCCUGGAUGAAGAACGGGACAGUCACUGGUUAUCUCGCCAGGCUGCAAGAAACGCAGGACAUUUGUCACGCUCGGGGUCAAGUUGACCGAUGGAUCGUGCAAAUCGCUUCCGGUCUUUCAUACCUUCACAAAAUGGAGAUUAUUCAUGGGGACCUGCGCGCAGUUAAUAUUCUUCUCAGUGAUAACCUCGACAUCAAGAUUGCGGAUUUCGGGCUGUCCUGUAUCUCGAACCUUGAUUAUUUCUCCUUGAACUCGACAACCGAUCGAAAUGCCUACUGGCUCAGCCCAGAACUAUUAAACCCAUACUCUGACGCGCCUGUCAAUCCAACCAAAGAAAGCGAUGUCUACGCUUUUGGGUGUGUCUGUAUCGAGUUGUAUACAGGCAGACGCCCAUAUUCCGGCCUGAACGUGUUCGCAUUGUGUACGCAGGUAUGCAAUGGACACAAACCUAGUCAGCCCAAAUUCUACGAAGGAAGAUCUAUGGAUGAAGCAUUAUGGUCCCUUGUUCUGUGGUGUCUGUCGACUUCACCGAGCAUGAGACCUCGUGCAGAGGAAGUGGCAAGGCAUGCUGAAGCAUUUGUCUCCCAAGUACUUGAUACCUGAGACGUAGGUCUGCAUUGUUCGAUCUAUUAUUUCUCGAAUCUGGAGCCUCUUCCAUUCCGAAAUCCUUAUCCUAGGACAUGUUGUUCGAUGAUCUUGGCCGAUUUCUAGACUUUGCUUCUCUGGAAUGCUAUAUACGCUAUUCUAGCUCUUACUGCAUGGUAUCUCAAGAAUGAAUGGUUACCUCGACCUCCCCCGUUUCCGAUGGCCGUCCCGCAGGAAGGUACGAGUUUCCGCAAAGGCAGGCAUCUAUUUUCAUUCAUCCUAAGUGUACCACCUCGUUUGGCUCUCGCAUUUCUGUCACGGGGAAUUAUUCAGCUAUAAUGGCGUGUUUUCGUAAUCAUGGCUUCGUCUGGGACCGUCUUUAGUACUUAUAUAACCUUUACAAAAUCGCAGAACUCGCAAACCACGUUCUGUCGGGAAUCAACCAUCUUCUUAAUAGUAUACAAAGAUUUGCACUAGCCUAAGAACCUCUGCUGGCGUCGGCGUGUAUUCAGGGAAUUUCUAUUCGGAUGUUCCCGAAGAGAUUUACGAGAUAGUUUAAUUUUUUAAUGU